AUGGCAGGCACCGUCGCUGUGGUGAAGGAAUCCGCCAUGUCGCAGGAACUUCAGCAGGACUGCAUAGAUUGCGCCGCGCAUGCGUUGCACGAGUUAGGCCUGCGUGAGCAAACUGCCAUUGCCCAGUUUAUUAAACGCGAGCUGGACAGCAAAUACGGCACCCGCUUUCACUGUAUUGUUGGCCGCUCGUUUGGCUCCUACGUUGGACACGAUGGCCAGUACUUUAUCUACUUUCUUAUCGGCGACUGUGCCUUCUUAAUAUGGCGCACUGUUGACACGUUCGAGGAGCGUGUAUUUUACGUUCCCGUGGAUGAUCUGGCCAUCGGACGGCUGCCUUAA